AUGGGCACGGCGGGCCCGCUCGCGCACGCCAGACACAUCCUCGACGACGGCACGGGCGACCCUUUCUUCGUGCUCAACAGUGACGUCAUCAGCGAGUACCCGCUCACGCAGAUGCUCGACUUCCACAAGAAGCACGGCGGCGAGUGCACCAUCAUGGUCACCAAGUCCUCAUACCUCACGAAUCUCCCGCGAAUCGCCGUAGAAUCGCCCACGAGUUCUCAAUGGCGGCGCGCCUCUCCUCCGCCACACCGCAACUCCCUUUCCAGAUUCUAUCUUUCCUGCGGCACCACAAAUUCACCUUCCCCGGGAAGGGCCUUCCUUUUCCACUGCGAUUCCCCCCACCUGCCUGCGAUCCCCCUCCCCACAUCCCUCUUCUCCGCGUCUCCCCGUGAGCAGGUGGAGGAACCGUCCAAGUACGGCGUGGUGGUGGUGGACGAAGCAACCUCGUGCGUGCAGCGGUUCGUGGAGAAACCCAAGGUGUUUGUGGGGAACAAGAUCAACGCGGGCAUCUACGUGCUGGACGCAUGCGUGCUCAACCGCAUCAAGCUGCGCAGCACUUCCAUCGAGAUGGAGGUGUUCCCCAAGAUCGCGGCGGAGGGCAAGCUGUUCGCCAUGGUGCUGCCGGGCUUCUGGAUGGACAUCGGCCAGCCGCGUGAUUACAACUGCGGGCUCAGGCUCUACCUCGAGUCGCUGCGCCACAACCAGCGAGUGUGA